CUUGUCUAUUGUUUUUGUUUUAUUUAGAACACUCUCUAGCUGCCGCAAGCGGCUCAUCUGGCCAGCCAAGACUCUAUCUUCGGCGUUCUGUCUUACGAUACGUUACCCACGCUUCGGAGUAAAAUAACUUGAUUAAUCUCAGUGAAGCCGCGCUGUUCAUUGCCGUGUAAACCUUACGUAGAAGCGGUUAUGGAAUCGUUACCAAAGGACUCGAUAUUUGAAUUUAAUGCCGACACGCUCAUAUAUUUGAGGAAACAAUAUGAUUUGGACAAACCGGGAAGAAUCGAGGAAGCUAUCGAUAUAUUGGAGGAGUGGAUUAAAAAGCAGAACCAUUUUGUGGUUAAAGAUUUUCCACGGGAAUAUUUAGAGAGAUCAAUCAUCAUAAGCAAAGGUUCCGUAGAACGAGCUAAGAUGAAAAUUGAUAAAUUAUGCACGUUUAGGACGAUCAUGCCUCAUUUUUUUGAAGAGUUUGAUGUGAAAAAUACCAGGAUGCUGGAUGAUAUGUAUGGAUAUUUUCUUCCCAAGCUCACUAAAGAUCAUUACAGAGUGUAUUUAUUUAAAUCUAAGGCCAAAUCGCUAAAAUCGGGACUUCUGGAUUACUACCGUUAUUUCUUUAUGCAAUGCGAAUAUAUCCAGGCCAAUGACUAUUGCAACGGUUUGGUGGGAAUUGUAGAUUAUUCAGAAGCAAACCUGAUGGAAAUUAUAAAAUGGUUCAACGCAUCCGAUUUAAGAGAGGCGUUAGCAAUUAUAAAGGAAGGAUACGGGAUGAGGUUAAAAGGUAUUCACUUCAUAUCAGGUUCAAAAGCAAUAGAUGCAAUAGUUGCGGUAUUCAAACAAGUACUAAGUUCUAAGGUCGCUGAAAGACUGCACGUGCACAAAAGUAUGGACGAAGUUUUUGAAUUUGUAGACAAAGACAUUAUUCCAGUGGAAUAUGGUGGCAAUGAGAAACCCCUGAUUGAAUUACAUAAAAAAAACUUAGAAGUGCUAUCUUCUGAUGGUUUCACAGCAUAUCUAAGAGAAAUGAGAAAAGCUCGUACAAACGAAAGUUCCAGACUAUCAGUUGCUCAAGCUGAUCAAUAUUUGGGAAUAUCAGGAUCAUUUAGAACACUAAGCGUUGAUUAAAAUAAAAUUAUGAAAUCUAUGUUUGGACUGGGAAAUCCUUCUUUACAUAAAUAUAAUUCUAAGAAGGUUGAGGUACCUUAAAUGAUUGGAUUCGCUGUAGGAGCACCACUUCAUGGGGUAUCCACUAAUACACGUUUAGGGAAUAAAUUGUAUGUUAUAUUAUUUUUAUGAAAAAUGGAAUGGGAUUUUAAGGACACUUUAAAGUUACCGUUAAACUGAAAAUUACGUUAAUAAAGGAAUGCAAUAGAUUAUAGUUGUUGUAGAAUGAUAAAACUUUACUUAAAUUGUAUUAACCUACCUAUUAACGUAUGAUUACGGCAUGAAAGCAAAGUAUCGAGUCAUUUUUUUUUGGUGUGGGUGCUUCUAAAUAUUCAAAUUCAACUUCCUUUAUUCAUGUAGGCCUAUCACAGGCACUUAUGAAGCGUUACAUUAUUGUGAGGGGAUGGUGACUUAAACCUAAAGCUACGAGGGUUCCCAACGCGCCCUGGUCUAAGAAGAGCCCACAAUAACCUUAGCCGGGUAUUUUUUUUUGCUAUCACCAUUCCACAGUAAAUUAAUAUUAAGCUAUAAAGUUAGAGCAAUUCACACUAAACCUUUUGUCGCUUAAGUAAAAACUAAGACGAAGCUAAUGACCAGCAGUUUCAUUUGAAAAGGUUUAAAAUAGUAAAAUCAUGUUUAUUUUUAAA